UUAGAAUUAGCCAUUCUAUAACAUACUAAAAGUUAACAUAAAGGUGACCCACACCUUUAAAGGCAUUAAUAGAAUGUGCCAAGUAAUAAGUAAAAGCUUAUCCAGUAAGGUUAUACUCAGUGAUGCAUUAACUGAGUGAGUACAGAUUGUUGCCGUGUGUGGGGAAUAAUUAAAUGGAGGGUUUGUUUUUAAACUAACAUAUUUUGCUUUUUAUCAUGAGGAAAGCACUUUACAAAUAGUUGAAUAUGGGCAAACAUAUACUGUAUCGCUGUCCUUUUGAUGGUCUGCUGAAUUCCCUUGUAACUUCAAAUCACAUCAACAGAUCAUCGUGUCUGUAAGUUCAAGUGUUUCUGCGUCCCUUGGAUUUUCUCCAUUUCUCAUAUUUUUUCCAUUGUUUCCAUUUAGAAAGCUCCUCCUUUGAUAGCACGAUGGGUUCCCUUCGCUGCCGUGGCGGCUGCCAAUUGUGUCAACAUUCCUAUGAUGAGACAGCAGGAGAUUCUUAACAGCAUUGCACUUACUGACGAAAACGAUAAUACAUUGGGACACUCAAGGAAAGCUGCUAUCAAGGGCAUCAGCCAAGUUGUAAUUUCCAGAAUAGCCAUGGCCGCCCCUGGGAUGAUUCUCUUACCGAUCUUGAUGGAAAGGCUGGAGUCUUUUCCCUUUAUGAAACGCUCUAUGCCGCGAUCCCAGUCUAGAAGUGGCACUGCAACUAUGAGGCUACCCCGUGUAUCUUCUUACCCGUACAAAGUAUCCAUUUGUGACCGCACAUCAGACAUAGCGCACCACUACUUCUCCGCAGCCAGAGCGUCCUGUAACCAUGGUAAUGGUCCCAGCGUGCUUACCGGAACUUCUGUUUGUUUCAAGUGUUGCCGGAGUUUGUGUUAAUAAACUAUUGUCCGACUUCUGUGCGGUUGUGCAAUGAUAUGUGUAAUUGUGUGUGUAAUAACAUAUAUAUAUAAAAAAGUAGAACCGCUUAUUCUGAUGUGCAUAUGUCCAUAUUAAACCAGCCACCACUCUGUGUCUUUAAAUAGUGCAAAAUAAAUGUGUGAAAAAAGAUCAGUGUCUUCAUUCAUAUAUGAAUAAGUGACUUGUGUAGAAGUUCUCAGCCUGGACAUAUUUCUUACAAACAAUAUAGAUAAGUAAAAGUGUAGUUAACAUAUCAAUAUCUUCAUUAAUAUAUACUGUGUCUUGAAUGACUCUGUGAACGUUAUCACCCAGGAUAUAUUCCUUACAAAAAAUAGGUAAGUACCGGUACUUACCCUGAUGUGUCCACAUGAAUUGUGCAACUGGUGAACCCUCCACCUGAGCAGAGAAACCACAGUGUACUCUACCUUCACCAGUGUAUCAUGUGUGUAUCUCCAAUGUGCCAAAAUCCAUGUUAUGUUGAGAAGAAGCCCGUAUAGACUCACGCUGGCACCCAGCCUGAAACAUAUGAAAAUGUAUAAAAAUUCUUCUCAACAUAACAUGGAUUAUAGCACAUUGGAGAUACACAUAUGAUACACUGGUGAUAUAUAUAUAAAGUAUUAUUUAUUAGUUGCCACCUUUUGGUUGUUGGGGGUCUAAAGUCUGCGUUAAAGCCUUGAAGACUGUGCAUUAAACAGCAGUGGUGGAUAUAAAAGUGACUGUUCGUUUAGGGUGCAGGAUGAGGCUACCAUUGGGAUAGACUAAUUCAAAGGGGAAAGCAAGGAAAGUGUUUCAGGGGUUUGAAGGCCUAUGGCGCAUACACAGAUGUUUUGGGUGUUUCACCCACCCAUAGUAAAAUGCCUGAAAUAUCCCCUAUCACUUCCAAUUGCUGUUGAUGAGCUUUUGGGGACCCUGACACAGUUGCUCACUGUUGGGGGUGAAAUGAUAGGAAAGUAGUACCAUGUCAUAGGGUAAACAUAAAUAAUCACCGCUCAGUUGUGGAGUUCCAAUGGCACGGUCCGUGGUCACAGAUAUCGAGUGCUGGAAUCCCUUGGGGUCUCAUGUCACAUCAAAUAGAAGAGUUCAGAAUGGAGUUCCAGCAACAUCUAUUUAUUGUUUCAAAUCAAUUACUUUUAUCAAACCACAUUAAAACAGCGUGCAAUGUGUCACCUGAUGCGUUUCGGGCGUUUCUGAUUAGGUGACACAAUCUGCGUGCUGUUUUAAUGUGGAUUAAUAAAAGUAACUGGGUUUUUUAACAAUAAAUCGACGUUGCGGAACUCCAUUCUAGGCAUGCACUGAAUCCACUUUGUUUAAGAUUUGGCAGAAUACAGAUCCAAAUCCUAAUUUGCAUAUGCAAAUUAGAGGCACAAAAGGAAAAUGUGGGGGAAAUGAUUUAAACUUCCUUGUUUUGUGACAAAAAAUCACAUGCUUUCCCUCCCCACACCUAAUUUCCAUAUGCAAAUUAGGAAUCAGAUUCGGUUCAGCCAUGCACAAGGAUUCGGCCGAUUCGGAAUCCUGCGGAGAAUGGCUGAAUCCUGGGUGAAUCCCGAACCAAAUCCUGGAUUUGGUGCAUCCCUACUCCAUUCUGAACUCUACCAUGACAUAGGGUGACUAGUCUCUCCUUCUAUUUAUUUU